AUGGGGCCCGACGAGAUCGAGAUGGUACCGCCCAAGACGCCACGCGGUUUGCCCCCCUCAGAAACAGAUUACCAGCCCGUCAACUGGAAGAGGCUCUUUUUGCGCCCAAAGUACCUGGCCAUGUGGGUGGUCUUGGUGAUUAUUAUCAUUCUGACCGCCAUCAUUACCAUCUACCACGACAAGGUUGUUGAGGUGGGUGAUAUUCGACACUUUGACAAUGUAUGUGGUGGCAAGCAAGAGAUACUGACUGCGCAUCCUCUCCAGCAUCUUCGGCCCUUUGCCGAGCAAGUGCGCCAUCUACCCGGCGGGUGGCUAAUACCAAUCGUCAUCCUCAUCGUGAUAUCGUUUCCACCUCUAUUUGGCCACGAAAUCAUUGCAUUACUGUGCGGAGUAGUAUACGGAUUAUGGAUUGGCUUCGGCAUCGUGGCGGCAGGCACCUUUUUGGGAGAAGUUGGUACUUGGUUCGCCUUCAAGUAUCUAUUUCGACAAAAGUCGGAGAAGCUCGAAAGGACAAGCUUGAGCUACGGCGCCCUGGCGCGCAUCACUCGUGAUGGGGGUUUCUGGAUUGUCCUGAUUAUUCGCUUCUCGGCGAUACCUACCCACUUUUCCACCGCCGUCUUUUCCACGUGCGGCGUGAACUUCUGGAUCUUUGCCAUUGCGACGUUCCUUACGCUUCCGAAACAGAUCUUUCUCGUCUAUCUCGGUGUCCUCCUACUCCAAGACAAGCCGGACGACGCGCCCAAGAACAUUGUGUUUGGUAUCGCGUUUGUGUUGACCAUUGUCAUGGCAGGCUACAUCGGUUUCAAGAUGCGGUUUGUUAAGAAGAUCUUGAUCGAGGAACAAGAGGAGAGGAGAAAGGCUUUAGCAAUGCCGACGAUGGAUGACACGGUCAAUACCGGGGAUGGGGUCUUGGACACAGAAAGAAGCGAGUAUGAGGCCCUUUCCCAGAACGACUUUAGCAUCGCGAUGCCAGGUCCUGCCGCCGGAAACCACACGCCGCUUGGUGAACCCUCCAAGGGACCGUCCACUGCGCCAUCCGGGUGGACGACAGAGGCUGUCAACACACCCGAUAGUCCAGGAACGCCGCCAAACGAGUACUUCGGGCAGCAACCGGCAAAAGGGUUUCAGUGGGUGUGA